GCCUCCGUUUUUGCAUAAAUCACUUGUUAACUUCAGGAUCAAAGGUCUUUCAUGAGUUAUCGCUGGAAUUUGCCCUGGCACUCAGUCAGUCAGAGGCAGGCGGACUGUGUGCCACCACUUCGACCACUCCAGCACUCCUCCUCCACCUUAAACCACAGCUGUGCCCAGAAAAUAACAACCCAACACAACGAGCAAACAUGGACAAGAUUGAUAAUACAAUAGAUGAGAGAAGUUUGCAUGAAGAGCGAACUGAUGGAGCUCACAGCUCCGACGGAGAGCCCACACCUGAGAGCCCAGGUGAGGCGAAGGAGCAGCUGUUCAGCGAGGUGCACGUCCACGCCUCUGCGGAGGGAGAGCGCCGCUCGCCGGACUACAUGGACACCAGGGAAGAGGACGAAAAAAGUCGCUCGUCCUCUUCGUCAAGCGACGAUGAAGAGGUGAGAGUUGAGGAAGAGGUGAAAGCAGAGGAAAUGGCGGAGGAAAGGACAGAGGUAGACCCGGAGCCAGAGGUGCAGGUGAAGGUGGAGGAGGUGAACGGGGAGGCGCACGACGGAUCCAGGCGCUCAUCGGCCUCUUCCUCGGCAUCCUCCGCUUCCCCUGGAGACCCGUGCGACGACCCGCCGAUCCAGCCGAGGAUCCUUGAGGAGGAUAACGCGAAUGAUGUGAUGCUGAUGACAAACUUAAACACCGACACCACCCCGAUGGAGGAUGUCGAAUACAGCGUGAAAACUCUGGAGAAUGUGACUCUGGAUGAGAGCAGCGCUGCACCGCAUGAUCCCAACCAGCCUGACAUCGCUCUGUUUGUCAAGGCGGGCAACGAUGGAGAAAGCAUCGGCAACUGUCCCUUCUCUCAGCGUCUCUUCAUGAUCCUCUGGCUCAAAGGGGUCGUGUUCAAUGUCACCACCGUCGACCUCAAAAGGAAGCCGGCAGAUCUGCACAACCUUGCUCCGGGGACACACCCUCCUUUCCUGACCUUCAACGGAGAGGUCAAGACCGAUAUCAACAAGAUUGAGGAGUUUCUGGAGGAAACGCUUUCUCCUCCAAAGUAUCCCAAACUAGCCGCCAAGCAGAGAGAGUCAAACACAGCUGGAAAUGACAUCUUCGCCAAGUUCUCAGCCUACAUCAAGAACACCAAACCAGAGGCCAACGCUGUUUUAGAGAAAGGUUUGACCAAGGCCCUGAAGAAGCUGGACGACUACCUAAGCAGCCCCCUGCCAGAUGAGAUCGAUGCAGACAGCAUGGAGGAGGAAAAGGGCUCCAACCGAGGCUUCCUUGAUGGAAACGAGUUCACUCUUGCAGACUGCAACCUGCUGCCUAAACUGCACAUAGUCAAGGUUGUUGCUAAGAAGUACCGCAACUACGACAUCCCCUCAGAUAUGACGGGUGUGUGGCGGUACCUGAAGAAUGCCUACAAACGUGAUGAAUUCACCAACACCUGUGCUGCUGACGCUGAGAUUGAGACCGCCUACAAAGACGUGGCAAGGAGACUGGCCAAGUAACCCGCCAACUGACCCGAGCUCAAACAAAAUAAACUAGUAACACAACACAAGAAAAACCAUGAUUUUUUAAAAAAUACAUGUGACUGUCUUUUUCAGGAACCUGAAAAUAUAGUCUGUCAUAGUUAAACAGGUCAGAUGUUGCAGACAUCUGUGUGGUAGGUCAGCUCAUACUGCUUUACAGCUCCAGAUGUGAUAGGUUUCAGAGAUUCAUCGUGUAUAUGGUGUAACAAUUACAGAAACAGACAUGGUAAAAGAGAAGUGGAGCAGUCGAUAAAUCAUGCACAUUUAACUUAAUUCACAGGUUUUUAAAUCAGAUUCAAAUUUUGCUGCUGUGAAAAAAACACUUUCACUCAAACAUGAUUGUAUUUAUUUCUCAUAACACAAAGCUCUCUUUCAUACAUACUCCACCGGUCCACAUGGCCAAACAUUUUACUAGCUGCUGAUGUCAGGGUCGUUCACUUUAUUUAUUCCUAAGCCCAUAGAAGUCUGGUUUGACUCCAGUGUUUAUUAUCAAGCUUUGGCUCCUCGAGAGACACCUCAAUUCAUCUAUGAUUGAUGAUUGACACUAAUUCUUUGGCUAAAUAUGACUAUUGCGAUCUGCAGAUUCAUUUCGAUCGUCAUUCAUUACUGAAGGUGUUGCUGUAGUUGUUUUGUUUCCUUGAGCUUAGACACAUCUUGAAAUUCACUCCUGCUUCUGAACGAUUGAUUUUUAAGAAAGAUUGAUUUUAAAAAUGCUCAAUGAUGUUAGUUCGAGAGAAUGUAGCUGAUAAGAGCAUUGAUAGCUUAGAACAAAUCUUGUAUCUGAAUUGUUUUCAUGCAUGAAUCUGUUUUAAAUUGUAACAUUUAAAACCUGAUACAGAGCCCCUUCUUAAGAGCUGAAAAAUCCUCAUGUGCCUUUAUUUGGACGUAUCAAAAAUCCAUGCCAAUGUCACUGAUGGACUCAUUCAGAAAAAAUGUAUUGCAGCCAGAGCUGAGACAUUUGUUUUGCCUAUAGCUAUUAGUGUUCAGUCUAGGUAUUGAUUUUGUCUUAAGUUACACAUGAUAUUAUGAAUGGAAAGAGUAUUUAUUUAGCAGCCCCAAUCAGGCCUGAUUAGGUAGAGCCAUUAGUGCUGCGUUGAAAAGCGUCUUACAGGCCAGGUCCACAAUGGUCAGGAGCCCUGCCCUCCAGCCCUUCAUCAAAGAGACAUUUCCUCCACUCUGAGGAGUCUAUCAACAUCCGCAGCCUAAAGUUCAAGUUCAAAAGUUUCAUUGUCCACGCAGACGAUGGAAAUUUGUCUUGGGGCUUAUCGUCUUUGGCUUGAUGUCAGGCUGCAACUAUAGCGAGACUUCCUUGAAGAACCAUAAGGCUCUUGUGUGGUUUGGACAAACAUAUGAUAUGAAAUUGGAGCAUGAUGACUGAGAGCCAUGCUCAUUGCGAAGCUCUACAAAUAAAAUAAUAUUUUCACA